AUGUAUCCUAACACUAAAGAUUCCUUUGCUGGCAUUAAUCCUGAAGAGUCUGCUUCCGCAGUUUCAGCUCAAGCCACAUCUGAAGCUGGGCCUUCCGAAGAAGGAGCCAGAUCCCAACAGCAUGUUGCUCCAGAUACUGUUUCAUCUACUAGUUCUCUCUCCGAUAUAGACGACGACGAAGAUGAUGAUAUCCGUCAUACCAUCUUCAAAACCAUUAAGAUCCAUACAGCCAAGUGCGACGUUUGCAACCAACAUAAUAAAUCUACCCUGCGCCGCUGUAUCGAUUGUGGUUGGCAAAUUUGUACCCCUUGUUGGGAUGCUCGAGGCGGAAACGGCACCCAUGGGGUUUCUCACAAAUUUACUGGACCAGUUUUCAGCCCCGGAGGGCCAAAUUUUGCCUCUCAUGGUCAAGAUAUAGCUGCGGAUGAUAGCGAUGAAACCAUCAGCAUUCCGGACGAUGAAGUCAAACGCAUGAAAUCGAAAGCCAAGGCCAAUAUCAAGGGGAAAAAGCCUAACCAGCAGGCAAAUCAUGGUGUUGCGAAAGGCCGAGCUUCCGAACGAGCCCCAGGGGAUAAGGGGAAAAGCAAAGCAGCAGGCACCAAAGCAAGUCAAAGCAAAGCGGCUAUUCGAAAGUCAGCCAAAACCAUUUCUACUAAACCUGGCAGCAACACAACCACCAAAGAGAGCCCUGUUGUCCUUGACGGAAACGAUGCUGGUACGGAUGACGAGUUGGAGUCUGAAAGUGCAGCGCAAACUGCGGCAACAUCGACCCAACAGCCUCAGGCUGAGAUGUCUCCAAAUGACCCCAAUAACCCAAUGUUUUACUUGUGCAUGGCCGCAGAACUUGCUUCAAAUCAAGAGAAAGAACAAAGACUGCGAGAUCAGGCGCUUCGCCUCCAAGCAGCACAGGCGAUGGCUGCACGCGCUAGGAUCCAGACUGCAUUGACUGCCGGCAAAGCUCGAUCGCCUCUUUUUGUCCCAAUCGGCUCCUCCCCAGAUCGUCUCCAAGGAGGUACGGCAACCGCUAUAAACGAACAUUCGCCCCUCCCUCAGUCCAUGGCCCACCGCACCGGUCCGCAAACUACAUUUCACCAGCCAUCCAUUCCAGGUUCCCUUCAGCCCCCAGGUAUCGCAGGUCCAGCUUCGCAAACCUCGGUCUUUAAACGAAGUAUUCUACAAGCCGAUGCUGGGGAAAAUACCACGAAUCGUGAGGCCCCGCAACCUCCGCCAAUUGCUGGACCCCAGGAUCCUCGCUGGACUUCUGGAUUUACCUCUUCUCAGCGACUUCGCCUUGAUCCUGAAUCCUCCUGGAUUAAUAGUUAUACUAGUUCAAUGUGGCAUGGAUCUUUUCAGCAGUUCAGCGGCCCUAGUGGGAUGGAUGAAGAGGUAGAGGAUGAAGCUGACAGCAGAUCUCAUGGGCGCCCAUGGGAUCUGUGA